AAUUAAUCUGAUUUAUAUGUGAAAAAAAUUCAAAUUCCAACUUAAGAUUAACUGACAUGAACGAGUUACUCAUUGUUACUCACUAUAAUGUUAACUGAAAUAUCCGGCUCCCGGGAGAACACAAAAAGGAAAAACAAAAAACAAAAAAGGGAUCAAAUGAUUUGGACUUUAUCGUAAAUCAUAAUCUAGAGGCCCGUUUUCCAACCAAACUCUACCUGUACUCAGAUUCUGUUUUCCGUCUUACAUUUUCACUCUUCUUCUCAAAGAUCUCUCCCUCUGCCAAUAAAAGAAAAGUUAAGCUCCCCGUUGCCUGAAAGUACCGUCAUUCUGCCGUCCCCAUCCAAUCUCCUCGUUCCACCGUUGCCGGGAACUGCUUUUUUCCUUCCCGCCGUGAAACAGUAAGUACUUCAGCCGCCGACCUCUCUCUUUCUCUCGCGCGCUUUCUUCCGACUUCCUUCCUCUCCAUUGCGCUUACUUUCUCGCCCAAUUGCGGUUUUCCGACCGCGUAAAAACAAUAACCCACAUAAAAAGUAAACGUUUUACCUCAUUCAGAUUGUCCCUAAGAAAGGAGGGAAGAAAAAGAAGUAAGCAGGGAAGAAAACGAAGUUUCGGUGUCCAAUUUGUUGCUUUCUCUUUCUGUAUCCCAUUAUGAAGAGAUUAAAAGCUGAAAAACAUUGACAAUUUUGGUUAUCCGCUCUCUUCUCUGUCUUUUGUUAGUCAGCAGCUGUUGUGAAGAGCCGGGGAUCUUACUGGUGGCCUUAUAACAGUAAUGGCGGAAGAAAAAGCAGAGGUGGCGGGAAGUUCGAUUUCUCAACCGUCGGAACCUGCUUCGUCAUCAUCAUCAUCAGUUUCUCAACCUUCGUGGUUCACUCCAAAAAGGUUGCUGGUAAUCUUUUGUUUGGUCAACUUGAUAAAUUAUAUGGAGAGAGGAGCUAUGGCAAGUAAUGGGGUAAAUGGGAGCCCCAAGACUUGCACGGCAAAUGGUACGUGCACUGCUGGCACUGGAAUACAAGGGGAGUUCAACUUGAGCAAUUUUGAAGAUGGAGUACUAUCUUCUGCUUUUGUAGUCGGCCUUCUUAUUGGCUGUCCGAUAUUUGCCUCUCUGUCGAAGAGCUAUAACCCCUUCAGGCUCAUAGGAUUUGGAUUAUCAGUCUGGAUGCUUGCAGUCAUUGGUUGUGGGUUGUCUUUCAGUUUCUGGUUCAUUGCAAUCUGCCGAAUGGUAGUUGGAAUUGGUGAAGCUUCUUUUGUAAGCCUUGCCGCCCCUUUCAUUGAUGAUAAUGCCCCUGCCAAACAGAGAACUGCGUGGCUGGGAAUAUUCUAUAUGUGUAUAUCAACUGGAUAUGCUAUUGGCUAUGUAUAUGGAGGACUGGUUGGUGAUCAUUUGAAAUGGCGCUAUGCAUUCUUUGGAGUGGCGAUUUUGAUGUUUCCAUUUAUUGUUUUGGGUUGGAUUAUGAAGCCUUUGCAAUUGAAAGGUUUUACUCACGCUGACCGAACGAAAGCAUCGAAUUCAGUGACAACUGUAUCAGAUGCUCAAGGUUUGGAAGUUUCGGCUGUCAAAGCUGGCAGUUUCACUUUAAAAGAACGAUUCGGUCAGGAAACCCCAAAGAAUUCUUCCAUUUCAGAACCUGAGUCACCUAAGAUGAAUCAACGGUCAAGAUUCCUCAAAGAUAUGAGAGAUCUUCUGCGUGAGAAGACUUUUAUUGUCAGCGUUCUAGGCUACACAGCCUACAAUUUCGUCAUUGGUGCAUACUCUUACUGGGGUCCCAAAGCUGGUCGCAACAUCUAUAAGAUGGAAAAUGCAGAUAUGAUCUUUGGCGGGGUUACAAUUAUCUGUGGGAUACUAGGAACUCUUGCUGGAGGUUAUCUUCUAGAUUACCUAACCAGCACUAUCCGUAAUGCCUUCAAGCUUCUUACAGGUGCAGUACUAGCCGGAGCCAUCUUUUGCUUCAGCGCUUUCUGCUUUAAGAACAUGUAUGGUUUCCUUGUCUUCUUUGGAAUUGGUGAAGUCCUUGUGUUUGCAACUCAGGCUCCAGUGAACUACGUCUGCCUUCACUGCGUAAAACCGAGUCUAAGACCAUUGUCGAUGGCCAUUUCCACCGUUGCAAUUCACUUAUUUGGAGACGUGCCUUCCUCGCCCCUCGUCGGUCUCCUCCAAGAUCAGAUACACAGCUGGAGGAAGACUAGUCUUAUCUUGACUUCCUUCUUGUUCCUGGCAGCUGCAUUUUGGUUCAUAGGGGUGUUCAUGAAAAGCGUUGAUAGGUAUAACGAAGAAGAGAGCAACGAGCAUGCAUCGGAAUCGGGUGCUGCAAGUGAUACGAGAACAGGAGCUUUGCCAGAAGGGAAAGACUGACCCAGUUAAGGAUUGAGUUCUUUUGAGUUUUGCUCAAAAAUAUGUAAAGAAAGAACUCACUUUUCUUUUUGGUAUUGAUUUCUGCUUACAGUUAGGUUGGUUGGUGACUCAUCAACUAGCAUGGACUAUAUAGAGGGCCUGCAUUUGUUUAUGUAAAUAGUGGCAAAUAUAUAUGGUGAAUAAUGAUGAUGAAGUAGAAUGGGCAGGUGAUGUCAACACUGAAUUGCUCUGGAUAUUCAUUUUGCUAGUCAUGAGGAUAAUAGGCUAAGGAAGAAAAAUGACACAAGAUA